AUGUGGGACCUCUACAGAGUCAAGCCGGGGCAUUCAGGUUAUGAGGAAGUGAGACAAAAGAAAGUAAAGAAGGACUUCCAGAUGCAAGCAACCCAGGAUCUGGGAAUGUUGAGUUUUGUGCUCACCGCCCAUAGAGAUACAAAUGGAACCAUUUGCGUGUUCUUGCCUUCUGAUGUAGAUGGGUCUGUGCCAAAGGAGAACCUACCAAGCAAGCAGCCAAAAAAGAUCAAGCUUCUAUUUGACAAUAAUGGAUAUCCCAUCCUUGCAGAUGAGGAUCCGCCUUCCCUGGCAACCUUUUCAGACCUACGGAUUAUCAUCAGGUCUUUCCUGACAACGCAUUACCAGAUUUCCACUGGAAAUACAAAGGCUUCAAUACCUUGGACCAGCCUUGCGGAGCGCCCGGGCUACUAUAUUGACUUGUUAAAGGGGUAUAUACCCUCGGGGUACAAGUUCCAGGAACCAUCACGUAUGGCAAAAGAGGAGACCCAGGCUCUGUCAGACCACAUCAGGAAAAAUCUAGCUGCCUUUUAUAGCUAUCAUAGCCACCAUAGUACUAUAUAG